CCGGCUCAAUCGUACUGCUUUCCCCAUUCCUUCCCUGGAUUCUGGUCUUUCACUUUGUUCUCCGGGAGCAUCUAGGUUGCCGUCUUCGUUCGGUCCUCAGUCACCGUGGGGUUCUCGUAUUGUUCGGCGCUGUGACACGCCGGCUCUGCGUUGUUCUUCAAAUUGUCUUAAUCCCUUGAUGCCCAUAAUUAGAUGAGCAAAGGCUGGCCGACGCUCUACACGAUUACUGGAGUAUAAUCCGCCAAAAUGCCAGGAACAGUUGCAGAGGGGCCAACGGUGGCCAUGUCCUUCGCCAAUAAUUUCUGGGGCAAAGAGGACGCGGGUGUUGGGCCGAUGUUGGAUCGAAUGCACACUUCGAAAGUGUCUUGCGAUGAGUUGAAAACUUUCUACAACAUUCGAGCUGCUAUUGAAGAUGAGUACGCGCGAAAGCUUCUGGCGCUGUGUCGCAAGCCACUGGGGUCAACAGAGAUAGGCUCGCUCCGUACAUCAUUCGAUACGGUUCGUGGGGAAACUGAAGCUAUUGCCAAGGCCCACGCAGCAAUUGCGGGCCAAAUGAAGAGGGAGCUGGAGGAGCCAUUGGUUGCCUUUGCUGGCGGUUCCAAGGAGCGAAGAAAGAUCAUACAAACAGGGAUUGAACGUCUACUCAAAACUAAAAUCCAACAGACUCAAACAGUGAAUAAGACCAGAGAUCGAUAUGAGCAAGAUUGCUUGAGGAUCAAGGGAUAUCUAGCACAAGGCCACAUGGUCAUGGGCCACGAAGAGCGUAAGAACAAAGCAAAAUUGGAGAAGACGCAAAUACAACUUGCAUCGAGCAGCAGUGAGUAUGAAGCAGCUAUCAAAGUUCUUGAGGAGACUACUGUGCGAUGGAAUAAAGAAUGGAAGUCAGCUUGCGAUAAAUUUCAAGAUCUUGAAGAGGAAAGGCUUGACUUUACAAAGAGCAGCCUGUGGACAUAUGCAAAUAUUGCAUCAACUGUCUGCGUUAGCGACGAUGCGUCCUGCGAGAAAGUCCGCCUUUCCCUAGAAGAUUGCGAGGUCGAGAAGGAUAUUAUCUUCUUCAUCAAAGAGAAAGGAACUGGCCAGGACAUCCCCGACCCACCCAGGUUCAUCAACUUUUGUCGAGGUGAUAUCAACGAUACGAGCUCGGAAGCUUCCGAAGAAGAAGGCUACUCUGUAGCCCAGUUCCAGCGGACGAUAAACCCGGCAUAUCGCACUUCAUCGCCACAACCUUCAUCUUAUGAGCCGCAGAUUGACCCUGACGCCGAAAUUGCUGCUAAGAUAAAUGGCCCUCCGACUCCUUCAAGCAGAGAAACCACCGUCACUCCGCAAAAGGCACUGCAGCAACCGAUGCCGCAGCCCGUCCAGAAACAUGUACAGCCGCCUAUGCAGCAACCGCCGCAACAGCCGGUACAGCAGCCCGUGCAUCAGCCGCCAAUGCAGCAGCCAAUGCAACCAAUGCAACCAAUGCCACCGCCAAUGCAGCCACCCGUGCAGCAAGCGAUGCCCCCGCAACCAAUGCAACCGCCGAUGCAGCAACCCGCUCCCUUGGAUCUACGACGCGGUGGUCACCCUCCACCAAAUUACGACCCCUCUCAGCAUGGCGAGAUCACAAAGGUCCCACACAAUGCGUACCCAACAGACGGCAUGACAAUGUUUUGCAGGACAGGUCCGCCGUCGGAGCGCAGUUCGGGAACAAACAGCGCCUAUCGCCCAUCAAGCCGUGAUUCCCAAAGUGAGGUCUCGAACCCGACGUCGAUGUCAAGCCAAGAGCCAUCAAGCGCCAGGCAAUCUCCUACGAAGCCCACGAACGGUGUAGCUCUUCCGGGUCUCGGGGGAGACAAGCAGGUUCAGAAGAAGAGGAGCGCGUUCUUCAGCAACAGCCCCUUCCGACGCAAGAGUCGCCAUGAUAAGGACCGCCACUCUGGACCCUCCCAGGCACCUUCUCGCGGCACCUGGGAGUCUCCGUCAAAGCAAAUUAGCCCGACCAAAGCUUCUCAUCCGCAGCAACCUAUCGCUAUGCCGGACCCAGGCAGCCCUGAGCCCGCGGAUCCUAGGGCAAAUUUCCAGCUCAAUGUUGGAAACAACGUUUUCGACGUCGAGUCCCCGGACAAGGAUAAGAAGGUGGCCCAGCCUCAGGCUGGCAAAAAUGGUGAAGAGGAGCUGGAUCCCAUCGCGCGAGCUCUAGCGGAUCUGAAAGUGGCAGGGAAGCAAUCGACCACCCGCGUGUCAGCCGACAGAUAUCAUGGCAUUGCUACUCCAGUGCCAUCAGUAGCUCCUGUGCCCGGCUCUGUUGCCACUCCCCCGCCAGCUUAUAAUGAUUCAUCUCUCAAACGCCUAGACGCUCCCCAACCCGCUUUUACGUCGGCACAGAUGCAAAAGACGACUCAACGAUACACCGGCCAGGGCCAGAGUGCGCAUCGGGGCUCGAGCAAACCUCCCUCAUUGUCAAGCCGACACAGUGGACAGUCCCAGGAGGCCCCGCGUGCUCGGUCGCCUGCUGCAAGACGAAGUGCAAGCCCCAAUGUGAGCCCUCGGGUGGACACGCGCAUGGGCCAGUACAGUAGAGCAGCGAGCCCCAGUCCAUCCGCUUAUCAGUCAAAUAGCAUGAAGAACCGGUACAGCCAAUCCCCAACCAUCGCAACGCCCCCCAACGUCCCACGAGGGUCUUCGCGUGCCGUGUCUCCUCAACCUCAAUACCGGCAAUCCCCCACCAUGGCAUCACGCGCAGUGUCCCCGCAGCCACAGUACAGGCAGGCCCAGAACACAAUGCCACGUGCUGUCUCGCCCCAGCUGCAAUUCAGGCAACAAGUCCGGCCUUCCAGCGCUGGCGGCAUGGAACUUCAACUGUCCGGACCACCCGACAUGUAUGCUGGCAGUCGUGACGGGUACGGCUCUCGACGCGGCAGCGGUAGACCGAUGUCAUACUAUGACGAUGCUGCGAGUGUGAGGAGCCGGUCCAGGAGCCGGACGGUGGCAGUUGCUGAUCCCAGCCGGCAAUUCAGUCGCGACGGUCGACCCAUCCUACAUUUCGCACGAGCCAUGUACAGCUACACCGCCGCCAUUCCGGAAGAACUAGGCUUCAGCAAAGGCGACGUCUUAUCCGUGAUCCGUCUUCAAGACGACGGCUGGUGGGAAGCCGAAGUCACCACUGCCCGGAGCCGAACCGGUUUGGUCCCGAGCAACUAUCUCCAAAUUAUCUGAGCGACAACAACAACAACAACAGUAACAACAAUAUCCAACGCCCAUCUCAUGAACCAACCAAAACCACCUAUGACCCAAGCAUGUCCUACCUAAUCACGCGUUCAUGAUCAUGAUACCAAAUUGUGUUCAUUUGCUUUCCCUACCAUCCGUCCAUCCCUCUCUCUAAUUUUCUGGGGUCAUUCCCUUCUCUUCACCGGACAUUCUUUACAAAUUACCCCUCGUCCUUCACCUAGUCAAAAUUGGUUUUUCACCUUGGUCAACCCACCCUCCCCCUCCCCCCACACAGCAGCCCCCUGGUUUCAGUUCGGUCAUUAACGAGAGUCUGCGAUACCUGUCUAUCUGUUUGUCUAAUACGUUGAUGAUGUCUUUCUUUGGAGAUACUGAAUCUUGCUUCAUGUUUCUUUUUUCUCUUUUUCCUUUUGAUAUCUUUUGCCUUCUUAGCUGCCUUGUGGUAUUUGAAUAAUAACUUCUGGAGUAUGCGUGC